AUGGGUACAAAGGCCAAAUCAGACCCUCCCCAGAAGGGUAGUGGAUCUAAAGGCGGAGCUAAGGGUGAAUCAAAGUCCUCUGAUCUGACAGAGGAAGAACGUAAACUCCUUAGACAAAUAAUCCGUAGAAUACAGAGAAAAGGAGAUAAGAAAGCAGAUCUCUUCUCUGUCGCUGUUGCCGCCGUCCAGAAUGACACUUCUGAGCCAAACAUGAUGCCUGUCCAGCAAAUUGAAUUUCAGGAGGACGUGUGUAUGUCCUUACAGGAGUCGGUGACACCCUCACCAGCUGACACUCCUGCCGAUCUUGAACCUCAGGACAACACAUCACAAGAAACGACAUCUACCAGCGCCGUCUUGGUAGUACAGGCGAACUCCGCAGAGGAGCCAGCCGAAGAAGACUCCUCACUUAUUCGGCUUGAACCACCUUUCCUCCAAUUCUUGUGCAACCUCACUGAGAAAGGCAUCGCACAGAAGUUUUACGUUAAUACCGUCCUUGAAAAUGAACUUCAACACGAAGCACUCCUAGACACUGCUGCUGACAUCACUCUGAUGUCCUCCACGCUCUUUAAUCGCUUGCGCAAUAUGGUGCAGCAGUCCAACAGGGACAUCAAGCUGCAGCCCUGCGCCAUGGAGAUUCGGCCGUACUCUACAGACAGUACGACUUUAAAUACAAUGACGAUGUUGAACAUCUCCAUUGGACCAAUGAAAAUCAUGCACCCCGUGUAUGUGUCGCCCCUUGAGUCGAUUCCUUUCCUCAUCGGUCAAGACCUUUUAAAACGGUUUGAGCCCCUGAUCGACUAUCGACAGCUGAAAAUAUGGGCACAGGUCCGCAGACCAUUACCCAUACCAGCAACCGACAAGAAUCGGGCUCAGUGUUACGCCUUGACGCGUGAACUUGCUACAAGCACACCGACAAGUGUAAGCUCACCGGAACAACCCUACUUGACUGAGUCAUCGAAAGGCCACGAGCAGGGUUGUGGCUCGUCGUCAGUCAUAAAAAGGGACACAUUUUUGUGCAAAUUCGAUGACACCAAUGGACCCGACACACCCGGGCCAUUGAUCACUGAAGGCAUCAACUUGAAUGAGAAUCACGUCAACGAUGUGAUUUUGGCUCUUUGGGCUGACAGAUCAGCCAUCAGCCGUGAACUGUACGACGCCUUGUCUAGGGAUGACCCGAACCUCCAGUGUGUUUGGAAAGCAUUUCGCUUCCCCUUGGACUCCCUUCCUAAAACUACCAUGACUGCUGAAGGCGUCUGUGCCUUAACUGUGCGAUGGAACAAAAGGGAGAUGACUCACCACUUCUUGGUCAUCCCAGACCUACCAUAUCAGGUCUACAUGGGAAGUGAUAUACUGGUCAGGUUGGCAGUCCAGGUCGAUACCAUUAACAACAUACUGUGGUCCCUUACCAGUGUUAAUGAGGAAACCCUGACCCCUGAUGUCGACAACAUCAUAUCAGGACAGUCAAUCCCUGAAGCCUGUCAGGUAGCCAAUGAACUUGACAUUGUCAUACCUGCAAUGACCACAAAUGUUCCCAUUCGCUUGAACCUACAACGUGGACAAAAGCUGUCGCACACUCAAGCUUUCUUCCAGCCGUCGUUGCUCUUUCUUAAACUAGGGCUGUCUACUCAAGCAACUCCUCUUCUUGAGCUUCACUCGAGAUUCACACACUUGCUUGUACAAAACAUGACACCCGAAGAUAUCCUGAUCCCUAAAUCCACCCCGCUGGGUUGGUUGAUCAGCACGUCGUUCCAUGACUUUGAAUUGAGAAUUCCUGUAAUAGGAAAAAUGCCCCGUUCUCUGAUGUCAGACCAUUCGCCGGAACAGGUCUUUCAUACCCUACCUUCCAGGGCUAUCUCGCUCUUCCCAACUGUACCGCUGGACCACGACACCAUCUGUCAGGUCGACCUCUCUGAGGAUUCACAGAUGAUCCUGCACACAUUGCAAGUCCUAAGCGUCAGUUCGGAGCCAGAAUUGGCCCAUACACUUUCCGGGGUAGAACCCUCUAUCUUCCCAACCGGGCAAACACCUGAGCACGAUCCAGACUUUGAUGCCAAAGUCGAACAGCUCGUAGCUGAGGCAGACGCCCUGAACGGCGAAGAGGAGCGUGAAAAGCUUCGCAAACUUCUGCACAGAUAUCGAGCCUCUUUCGCAAAAGACUCGCUUGACUGUGGCUUAACCUCUAUCCACUCUAUCCGCAUUCCGACACCACCGGAUGCACCACCAACUUUUGUACGCCAGUACAAAAUUCCCUUAGCGUCCUAUGAACCUAUUCAGGAAAUCAUAGACGAUCUUUUGGCGAAAGGGAUCAUUCGGCCAUGUAACAGUACCUACUCAGCCCCACUCUGGCCGGUACUGAAACCAAACAGUAAAUGGCGACUGACCAUCGAUUACCGAAAGCUGAACCAACAAGUUCACCUUUCCAGGUGGCCUAUGGCUCAGCUCCAACAGGAUCUGCCAAAGAUCACUGACGCGAGAUACUUCUCCACUCUUGACGUGGCAUCAGGGUUCUGGACGAUACCAGUACAGGAAGCUGACCAACACAAACUGGCGUUCACUUUUGCCAACAGGCAGUACACCUUCACCCGAUGCCCUUUCGGCUAUGCCAACUCGCCAGCAGAGUUCAACAUCUUUUUGAACAAAGCCUGCCCAGAUGCUAGUGAGAGAGGCACCCUCAUAUAUGUCGAUGACAUCUUAAUGAGGAGCCAAACCCUGGACAUGCAUCUCGCUGAGAUUGACCAUGUCCUGAACCAGCUCACGAACGCCGGGGCAAAGAUAUCUCUGUCGAAAUGUCAGUGGUGCAGGACCAAGGUGAACUAUGUCGGUUUGCUGGUUGGUCCAACAGGUGUCGAACCACAGCUGAGUCGUAUUCAAGGCCUGUUAAACCUUAAAGCUCCCACGAACGUCUCAGAGCUUCGCAGCUUUUUGGGAGUAUGUAACUACUCCCGACAGUUCAUUGAGGACUAUGCAGACUUAGCAAAACCCCUCACCAACUUACUGAAAAAGGACGUCCCAUUCACUUGGGGACCGUCCCAACAACACGCCAUGCAAGCUUUAAAAGAUAAACUCUGUGCAGCUCCUUGUCUUGCCUACCCAGACUGCAACAGACCGUUCUAUCUGGAGGUCGGUUUCUCUUGUCACUGCCUUAGUGCAGGACUAUACCAGAUCCAUGACUCGGAUAAACGAGUUGUCGCGUAUGCUAGCAAAACCUUGUUGGCUCCUGAACUAAAGUUCUCCGACUGCGAAAAGGCACUUCUCGCCACUGUGUGGGCUGUGAAGCAUUUUUCGAAUUAUCUUGGAGGCCAAAAGGUGAUUGUGGAAACCAAUCAUCAACCAGUGACCUUCCUUAACAGCCAAAGAAUCAGAGACGGCGUUGUAACCAACGCUCGUGUAGCAUCUUGGCUUAUGGCUCUUCAGAGCUUUGACAUCGAGGUCCAUUACGCCCAAAAUCGCAAAACACCUCUCGGGAUGGAACUCGCAGCGUGCCAAAGCUGCUUGACAGACAGCGCGGACACAGGGUCCCCAACCUGCGACCCCGAGCCACCUGAAUUAUCUUGCCACCGGUACUUCGACGACAAUGUCUGCAAAGACAUGAUUACAGCUUACGUUGAUGGUUGUUCAUACCAUCACGACACUGUUCUUAGAGCAGGCGUGGGUGUUGUCUGGGUCAACCAUGAACCGUGUGAACCACUCAGCUUCAACCUAGGGGCCCAAACGUCCCAGUAUGCUGAAGUGGCAGGCAUUCUGAUUGUUUUGCAACUUGCUGUGGAACACAAAAUCCACGCCUUAACGAUCUGUACAGAUUCCAACUAUGCGCGACUCAGCUUCUCAUGCCAUCUGCCUUUGUGGAAACGCAACGGUUUCUUGACCUCGAACAGAAAGCCGGUCAAACACAAAGAUCUGUUCCUGGCGUGCGACUUCUUGACCUCUAACCAUGAUCUCCAGAUCUAUUGGAAGAAAGUCAGGGGGCACUCUCGUAUCCCUGGUCCAGACAAGAUGUUUAAUGACCAGGCUGACUCCUUGGCCAAGCAGGGGGCCUUAACUGGCUCAAACUGGCACUUUGAGCCCUCUGUUUUUCCCCUCCCACCCGUGCCCCUGGUUUGUGCUGUCACCAGAGCCCAGUCUCAACCUCCACCUCGCCCGGCUCCCUCGGGCCCGGUCUCCGCCACUGUGGCUCCGGCUUUUUCUGACUCUGACUUGCUGGUGCUCCAAGCUUCGGACCCAGCCAUUGCUGCCAUGACGCAGUUCCUUUCAGGGCCUCCUGACUCCUCCAUGCCUCCUGACUUGCUUGCCCUCCAUCCCUGGCCUGCGCCAUCUUUUCCGCGUGCGCUCUUCACUGCGGCUCGUCAAGGGCCUUCUGGUUUAUGUCUCCGAAGCACUCACUUCGCCUGCCCUCGUGGUGCCUCGCAGCCACAGGGGGGUAAUGUUGACAUACGCCCAUGA